CCAAAUCGUGGGCGUAGCUAUGUGUAGUUGAAAAUUUACAAUUAUUUUCUUUUGAGAAAUAAAAAAAUCGACGAUAAGUCGAGCUGUCACUUUUCUGUCGUUAUAACACAAUUAAUUUACUGUUAGCAAAGUUUCAAUUUGCAAUCUGUUCCGUGGGCUUGUUUGUCAAAAUGAAUAUUUUGCAAGCGGUUCGGUCUUACAUCUCCAAAAUGUGUGAGGAGUCCGGUCCAGGGAUGAAAUUGCUCUUGAUGGACAAAGAUACAACAAGCAUUGUCAGCAUGGCAUACAGCCAGUCGGAAAUCCUGCAAAAAGAAGUGUUUCUUUUCGAAAGAAUCGACGUUGCAAGCAAUCAGGAGCACAUGAAACACCUGAAGUGCAUUGUCUUCGUUCGACCGUCAAGUGAAAACAUUGCCUACCUAGCCAAAGAAUUACAAGAGCCUAAAUAUGGCGUUUAUUAUUUAUAUUUCAGUAACAUUCUCUCGAAGGCUGAUCUUAAAAAGCUAGCCGAGUCUGAUGUGAUGGAGUCAGUCAGAGAGGUGCAAGAAUUCUACGCAGAUUACAUUCCGCUCUCGCCGUUUCUUUAUUCAUUGAAUAUUAAAGGAGCUACAGAAGGUCUCCAAUGGCGUUCAUAUAAUUUGUUGAGGAGCGCUCAGGGAAUCACCUCUCUGUUGCUGUCUUUGAAGAGGAACCCUUUCAUCAGGUUUCAGGCAAACUCUGAUUUGUCCAGGAGAUUGGCUGAUAAGGUUCGAGAAAUCCUGUCAAAGGAGUCGGCCCUCUUUGAGUUCAGGAACGAAACCGACUCUGCCACGAUUUUGCUAAUUUUGGACCGGCGCGAGGAUGCUGUCACGCCCCUUCUUCUGCAGUGGACGUAUCAAGCGAUGGUACACGAAUUAUUGACCAUCACAAACAAUCGGGUUAGUUUGGCAAACGUGCCAGGCGUGUCUGAUGAACUCAAAGAGGUCGUUUUGUCUGCUGAAAAUGACGAGUUUUACGCGCAGGCCCAGUACAACAACUUUGGGGAAACUGGACAGAAAAUUAAGAACCUGAUGGAGGAGUUCCAGAAAAAGGCGAAGAGCACACAGAGAGUUGAAAGCAUUUCCGACAUGAAAACUUUCGUGGAGGCUUAUCCACAGUUUAAGAAAAUGUCAGGAACUGUGGCCAAACACGUAACCGUUGUCGGAGAGCUGUCAUCGAAAGUAGGAAAGCAUCAGCUGAUGGAGGUGUCUGUUGCUGAGCAGGAAAUCACUUGCAGGAAUGAUCACGCGCAACACCUAAAUAGUGUGAAGCAGUUGAUAGCGAACAGUUCGAUCCGCGACGAGGAUGCACUUCGGCUUGUCAUGCUGUACGCUCUCAAGUACGAAAAGCACAGCAACAAUGCACUUGUUAAUUUGAUGGAAGCGCUCAAAAAGCGAGGGAUUGAGGAACAGAAGUGCAAGUUGGUUUACAACUUGCUCGAGUUUGGAGGUCAACAUGCUCGCCAAUGCGACCUGUUUGGCACCCAGAUGGACGUGACAGAUGUCAACAACGUCAAGAAUAUCGUUACCAGAAAACUAAAAGGAUUGAAAGGAGUGGAUAACGUCUUCACGCAGCACAACCCCCUUUUGAAAGAUACACUUGAGGAUUUAAUCAAAGGAAGACUGAGAGACACUUUGUUCCCCUAUCUAGGAAGCAGCACCAUGAGGAAGGCCCAAGACGUGGUUGUAUUUAUUGUUGGCGGGGUGACUUACGAAGAAUCUUGCCUGGUCAACCAAAUGAACAAGGAGCUCUCCGGGGCCCGAAUUAUUUUGGGUGGCACCACAAUGUUGAAUUCCGCUGCCUUCAUGGAUGAAGUGCAGAUUGCCACACAGGGCAUCCCAAACAGAAGGACGCGAUCAAAAUUUAGAUAAAACAGCAGCUAGUUGUCUAAUUAAUAAUUCCAACCUCAUGCUAAUCAUUCGUCUAUUGUGAUUUAUUAUUAAAUAUUCGUUUAUUAAAAGAUAACUAAUCUUUUUCAUGAGA